AUGACCCGAUCGCCGAUACAAGCUUUGCCGCCCUUCGGCAUAGCCAUCAAGCGGCCAGCUUCGUAUCUCGAGAUCUACUCGACCAAAUCAACUUCUCUCUCGACCGAACAUCUUGUUUUGUCUUCCUCUUGUUGUCCUGAAGUUUCUGUCUCAAUGCCACAACUUUCCAUUUUUCGUGUUUCGGACAUGGCCGUCUCGAUACACCGCGUUCGUCCGUAUGCGCGUAAACUUGUCCAUCUUGACUUCCACUCGUUCGUUUCCCGAUUUUCUUUGAUAGAAAUGUUUUAUUUAACUUCUAGCUCCUCUCCAUGGAGUCCAUUAGUCAAAUCUCCUCAUCUCACAACAGGGUUACUACAGACACAGUUUUGGCCGAGCGCGGAACAUGCGUUCCUCGGCCAGCCGGACUGCGCGGUUGGGCGCUGCUUUCUCAAUAGAGCCGUCUGGACAGUCUCCACUCUUUUGGUUGUAACUCCUUUUCUACUCAUCCAAAUUAGGCCGUUCCAGUUGCGUUGGAAAGUUAACUCAAUCAUAGCACGCAUGGAACUGAUCUUGAUGAAAUCCAUUGAGUAG